GUGGACGAAGUCGCUAGUGGUGAAAUAAAACAUUUUACAAAAACAAUUUUUCUAGGUGAGUAAGCCACCUCAGACGCUUUUUAAACUCCUGACACCACGUUGUAUGUCAACAAUACAAGAAAAAAAGGAGUUUGCUUAAAACUCAACCCUUAUUUUGCAUUACUGGAGCAUACACAACUUAGCAGUAAUGUGGAAAAUGCAUUCGUAUAAACACUCUUAUACCCUGUAUACAUCUACCCACUUAUUGUACGUGCAUACAUGAUAAACAAUGCAAAUAUGCUGAAUUCUAAAUAUGACUCUACGCCUUGCAUUAUAGCCUAAGAGAUUACUUUCAACCACCACUUAAGAUUUCUUGCAAUAGUGUAAGGGAGAAAGAGCAAUACACUGAAAAUCGCCGUCUCUUUCUGACAAUUCCAACAGUAUUACUUUAAAAAUUCUUAGUUAGCUCCUAGGCUUAAUUCACACCGUAUAUGAUGUGUAAUUAUACUGUAUAAACCACAAGCUCUACGUAAUUAAGUUAGCACACCCUUUCUGCUCACGACACCUGAAUUAUUAAGAAGCACAUUUGAAUACUGGCUAAUAUACAAUGAAUAAUGUAGCAUUCGACUUCAUGCGUCUUAUAUAAAAUUUACCCAAACGUUACACCUUAUUAAAACUUCAAAAACGUGAAGAGAAUCGGAGGAAAUAAGGAUUGUUUUUUAGGAGAUAUUUAGCUUGCAUCAUAAUUUUGGCAGUAGUAGGUAAUUCCUGGAGAAAAUGGUGCAAUGCGUGGGCGGAGCAAGCUGUGUCGUCGUAGCGGCGAUCGGCAGUUAUGACUUCUAUUGUCCGGCCCUGAUUCGAUCCAUGGUCCAGGGCGAGAUACAGUAGAAAGCAGUCAGGCUCGUAAUGAAGGUGGCUGAAAGUGAGGCAGAGAGCCUCACGUGCCAGCCCCUGCGGAAGAUACUAAGGGAGAUCCUUCAUGACUCUAAGCUACCGUAGGCUGUCCUCGGCCUGGGGUCUCAAACUACCUAUUUGGAAGUAGGCCUGUGUCCAGCAGUGGAAUGCAUAAAGGCUAAAAAAUAGCGUUUCUUUCUUUGAGACACGUAACUUUUUGACUGGACAGCGUGACUAGGAGUGUGACUUCAGACUUACCUACAAAAGUUACGUCUUUUAUGUGGAGACAUCUUUUAGCCCUCAGCAAAUUACUUUAAAGUAACCAUCCCAAUCAAUUUAUAGUUAGAACGGUUCAUUGGCAAUUUUGUUUACGAAAUUCGCUGUCUGCACCCCAUUAAACACUGUCCAAUAAAAACAUAUCUUUACAAAAACAACCUUAUCACUUAAGCAUACAGUUCAAAACUGACUAACAGACACUCAACUUGACGGUACGUGUAAUUUUCUCACCAAAUAUUGUCAAGGGAAUUUGGACUUAAAUGACUGGUGCUUGAAGUUUAUUUCUCCUUUGACAGCGUUAACAGCCUGCCUCAUAGUGUUUGAUGUUACAACACUCUUAACUGAACUUUAACUAAUAGGGAAUUAAUGUCUCUUACACUACACGAGUAAUUUAAUAUCGUGUAGCUAUUGUUCUACACGUAUGGACGGAUAGUGAAACGUGAAUCAGUUUUGAGAGGCUGUCUCUGUGUCUGUCACUUUCAAGAUUAAAGCAGCGGAUUUAAUAAGUUGACGUGCAGGCAUUCUCCGUGACCACACGUUAAGAUCGGGAUUAGAGGGAGCUUGUGGAAACGGAAAAAUGGAGAGGAUCUUAUACUCAGGAAACUUCUGGGAUUUCAGGGGCGAGGGAGAAUACAGUGACAGGAAGUUCCUGAUGGGUUCCCCGUUCCCAGUCAUCAUGAUCCUGAUCUCAUACUUGUGGUUCGUCCUGAGAUUUGGACCAGCCGUGAUGAAGAACCGGCCUCCCUUCAGUUUGAGGAACUGGCUGAUAUUCUACAACGCCGCUCAAGUCGUCAUCUCGUUCAUCAUUUCUGCUUUGGGAAUUCGAUUUCUAUGGCGAUACGGACUCUGGCACUCCACAUGUUACUGUGAAAAAGAUGGUACCGGAGAGCAGAUUAUCGACGGCAGUUACUACUACUUCCUGACGAAGGUGAUUGAGCUGACUGAUACGGUGUGCUUCGUGCUCCGCAAGAAGCAGCGCCAGGUCUCCUUCCUCCACGUCUACCACCACACCAUCAUGGUCAUGGCCACCUGGUCCAUCGUCAAAUACUCCAGAACUGAUAACACAGUAUUCCUCGGCGUGAUAAACUCCAUCGUUCAUAUCGUGAUGUAUGGUUACUACGGGCUGUCUGUUUUUCCACACCUCACUAAGUACUUGUGGUGGAAGAAAUACAUCACUGUAAUGCAACUGGUGCAGUUCACCCUCAUGUUCCUCCACAUCCUGGUCAGCAACCAGGUCUCCGAUUGCAAACCAGCCUACAUCCUCACGGCCUCCGUCUACUUCAACACCGUCCUCUUCAUGUAUCUCUUCGGAGACUUCUACGUCAAGUCCUACAUCAAGAAGGUCAAAGCAAGUGACAUCGUCACAGCUGGCAAAAAGAUUGGCUCCAACAUUGGAACCAAGAACAGUAUUAACUAUAUUAUUAACCAACAUAAGUUGGCUGGUAAGAUGCAUUGAUAGCGAUUUGGUCUUAAGAUUUUAGCUCCGGUUUUUUUUUUUAUAUUCAGCGUGGAAUAUACCAAA